CUGGCACUGGGCACUCACAACCACCACCACCAUGAAAAGGACGCCUUGACAGCGAUGCCCUCGCACACCGACGACGAUGAGAGCGAGACACCGUUUCCCACGCUAGACCUCCACGUUUCCUCCCGCCUCGCCAGCGGCCUCCUGUCGCCCGACGAUGCCUUCCCCCCGCCGCACCGCGCCCCCUACGCGGGCGACAGCGCGAGCGAGCUGGGACGACCGCGCCUGCGAAGGCUACACAGCGAGCAGGGCGGCAGCCGGCGGCGCAAGAGGUCCUGGAAGAAGCUCAUGUGGGUGAAGCAGUCAUACCCCGACAACUACACCGACCAAGCGACCUUUCUCGGCGACCUCCAGCGGAACCCGCGCCUCAAGCCGUACGACUUUUGGCCCCUCGUCGCCGACUCGACCGUCAUCCUGCAGCACGUCUGCAGCGUCAUCAUCUUCGUCGUCUGCUUCGCCUUCAUUUUUCAGGACCGCGUAUCGCCCGUCUCCAUUGUGAGCUGGAGCAGUGGCGCCACCGUCGCGGGCUGGUUCGUGUGGGAGUACUGGACGAUUCCCCCCUUCAACCCGGGCGAGAUCAACCAUCUCCACGAACGUCUUGGCACCCUCAAGUCCUCGGCGCUCAUCUACUCGACGCUUCUCGGCCUGAGCCCCAUACUCAAGUCGCUGACCCGGUCGACGAGCAGCGACAGCAUCUGGGCCAUGUCCUUCUGGCUCCUCGUCAUCAACAUCUUCUUCUUUGACUACUCGGGUGGCGUGGGCGCCAAGUUUCCCGCCUCCUUGUCGACCAACGCCGCGUUGAUGGCCUCGACCGUGCUCGCGAGCCGUCUCCCCUCCACCACGCAAGUGUUUAGCCUCACGCUCUUCUCCAUCGAGGUUUUUGGGCUUUUUCCCGUGUUCCGGCGGCACGUCCGUCACCAAUCGUGGCAGCUCAACGUCGCGCUGACCAUCCUGCUCGUCCUGGGCGCGGGCCUUGGGGUGGGACUCGUGGUGCGGCAGAGGGAAGAUGGCGGCUGGAACUGGACGAGCGGCAUUGUGGGCAUGGUGAUCAGUGUGCUGUUGGCCGGUGUAGGCACGGGCGGGUGUAGCUGGUGGCUGAUUGGGUUGCAAAAGUACAAGAACGAGAUCCGAGGACCGUGGGAUCCUGCGAGGCCGAUUAUAAUGAAUCGGCAGAGGUGGGAUGAUAGGUAGCUGCGAGGCCUUGUCAAUAGUUACGAUGAAUAUACGUUGUCAAUCAUGAAAUGAGAACCCAAUGGUAUUCACUGCCGGGUACGGAACUGUAGCUACAAGAGUCUUUGCUACAUAUACAUGGCGACAUGGCUCACACAUGAUCAUCUAGGAAGGACAGCACAAGUGAAGGAAUGAUGAGUAGAUGGUUAUUCUUCAUGGAUGUA